UGUCAUUUCUUAUCUCUACCCGCCCGGAUUCAGGGGAGAGAUUUUACGGGGAGCAAAGCAAUCAUGUCUUUGCUCUCGAGCCCUCCCAGUAAAUCUGCACCAGCGAGCUUCUUCACCAAAAAUGGGGACCGACCCAUUAAACCUCUCUCAAUUGGGUGUAAGAAGAGCCUGUCAAGUUCUCAUCUUCCCCGCUGCUCAUCUUCUUCUUCUUCACCGCCUGGUGUCCGCACCAACAUCGUGUACAAGACUACUCCGGUCGCAGCUUCCCUCGCGAUUCUUCUGUGGUCGUCUCCAGCGCAAGCGGGAUUUUUGUCGGGACUCUCCGGGAUAGAAUCCGUUCCAGGGCCUGAGCUUCCACAGCUCGAUUUCCUCACUAAGUUUAACGAAGAGAACCAGAAGAAGUAUGCCGAGUUUGAUGCGAGGUUCAAGGAGUCCCCUUUGCUCAAAAAGUUUCUUGAGAAAUCAAAGCUGAACAAAGAGAAGAACCGGCAAGAGAUACUCGACAAGUACUGCCUCCGCGGUGCAGAGUGGGGAGUAGGGGAUUGUUCGACUGAUGGCAUGUCUGCAGAAGACCGAGAGAAGUUCAUCGCUAUGUUAAAGCAGAAGACCGGAGCACAGUGAGGGAUUUAUGCUGCAGUUCGUGUCUGCUCCCACAAGUCACCCUUAAACCAAGCCGCAGGAUGGGGCUGAGAUCUGAACUUGAUUGACAAUCCCGAAUUUCCGAAUGUAAAGAGACCGUAUGCUUGUACUUCCUUCCAGCAUAGUGUGUCGUGGCAUGACAUUGAUGCACGAUUGACUGCACUGUACCUGUUAUGUUCACAGCAACCGUGGGUUGUACUAUUCGAAACCGCAUAUCUUCCAAGUCGA